AUGCGCUCACUGGCCCUUGAGACAAACGCAGAUCAAUGGAUCCAAGUCUUCACUGAUGGGUCAUACAUGGAAAGGCUCCAAGUCUUUACUGUUGGGUCAUACAUAGAAAACCAAACAAAGGCUGGUGCAGGUGUUUACUCUGAACUAUUCUCUUUCUACGCAGAAGUGGGACACAUUUCCGAGAGAAACAAAAACCAAACAGUGAUUCUACAAUGGAUUCCUGGUCACUGUGGCAUUAAAGGUAAUGAGCUUGCUGACACACUUGCUAAGAAGGGGACAACGAUAUUGCAAUGCAUGGACCGGCCGAUGUCUUUCCACAAAAUGAAGGCCUUAAUCAGGAGAGAACACAUGACCUCAAGGUGCAACGAACUUAAGGCUCGAACAAAGGACAAACAGUGGACAGUGGCAUUCUCCGAAAUAGCCGAAUUGCCAAGAAUCGAAGCCGUUGCUGAGUUCGGACUACGUACCGGACGCGAUUGCCUGGCAAAACACCUUCACAGAUUAGGAGUACACACUCAACCAACAUGCCCCCUGAGUAACCUACAGGAGGAAAUGGUGAAGACCCAACUGAUUCGGUGUCCAGCCCUAAAGACAACGAUGGAAACCCAGAGAUACUGGGAAGCCAUUAUCCAUCAUUGCCAUCAUUGUCCCAUCUCACCGUCGGUCCUCUACUUUGUGAAGGAUUGCCUCUUCUUGUUAACCAUUACAAUUUUAAAGGCAUGUCCCAGAUAA